GGAGUAGAGAAGGUGGGAGACCCAAGAAUAGCCCCCUCCUGGAAUACAGAAGGUGGGAGACCCAAGAAUAGCCCCCUCUGGAAUAGAGAAGGUGGGAGACCCAAGAAUAGCCCCCUCUGGAAUAGAGAAGGUGGGAGACCCAAGAAUAGCCCCCUCUGGAAUAGAGAAGGUGGGAGACCCAAGAAUAGCCCCCUCUGGAAUAGAGAAGGUGGGAGACUCAAGAAUAGCCCCGUAUGGAAUAGAGAAGGUGGGAGACCCAAGAAUAGCCCCGUAUGGAAUACAGAAGGUGGGAGACCCAAGAAUAGCCCCGUAUGGAAUAUAGAAGAGGGGAAGACCCAAGAAUAACCCCGUAUGGAGUAGAGAUGGUGGGAGACCCAAGAAUAGCCCCUUAUGGAGUAGAGAUGGUGGGAGACCCAAGAAUAGCCCUGUAUGGAAUAGAGAAGGUGGGAAACCCAAGAAUAGCCCCGUAUGGAAUACAGAAGGCGGGAGACCCAAGAAUAGCCCCGUAUGGAGUAGAGAAGGCGGGAGACCCAAGAAUAGCCCCGUAUGGAAUACAGAAGGCGGGAGACCUAAGAAUAGCCCCGUAUGGAAUACAGAAGGCUGGAAACCCAAGAAUAGCCCCGUAUGGAAUAGAGAUGGCGGGAGAUGCAAGAAUAGCCCCCUCUGGAGUAGAG